GCCGGGGCCGCCUGUGCACCGCGGCGAGGGUGGCGUUGGCCUGAGCAGCGCGAGUGUGAUGAGGCUGCCCUGCCUCGCAGCUCCGCUCGCAGCCAGCUGACAGCGCCUGCCCUCAGCACGCCCGGAGGGGAGCCGCGGGGCCGUGACCUUGGCCGAGGAGGGCAGACUGACAAUCCUUGUAUCUGAGCUACGGAGUUCUGGGUGAAAUGGCCCAGGGGAAUAACUAUGGACAGGCCAGUAACGGGGUGGCAGACGAAUCACCGAACAUGCUGGUGUACAGAAAGAUGGAAGAUGUCAUAGCACGUAUGCAAGAUGAAAAAAAUGGAAUUCCUAUCCGCACCGUCAAAAGCUUCCUUUCCAAGAUACCUAGCGUCUUCUCUGGGUCAGACAUUGUUCAGUGGUUAAUAAAGAACUUAACAAUAGAAGAUCCAGUGGAAGCUCUCCAUUUGGGAACACUGAUGGCUGCCCAUGGCUACUUCUUCCCCAUCUCAGAUCACGUCCUCACACUCAAGGAUGAUGGUACCUUCUACCGGUUUCAAACACCCUAUUUUUGGCCGUCAAAUUGUUGGGAGCCAGAAAACACAGACUAUGCUGUUUACCUCUGCAAGAGAACAAUGCAAAACAAGGCAAGGCUAGAACUAGCAGAUUAUGAAGCUGAGAGCCUGGCCAGGCUGCAAAGAGCAUUUGCCCGGAAAUGGGAGUUCAUUUUUAUGCAAGCAGAAGCACAAGCUAAAGUGGACAAGAAGAGAGACAAAAUUGAGAGGAAGAUCCUAGAUAGUCAAGAGAGAGCAUUCUGGGAUGUCCACAGGCCUGUGCCUGGAUGUGUAAAUACUACGGAAGUGGACAUUAAGAAGUCAUCACGAAUGAGAAACCCCCACAAAACACGAAAGUCGGUUUAUGGUUUACAAAAUGACAUCCGAAGUCACAGUCCCACCCACACACCUACACCAGAAACCAAGCCUCCCACAGAAGACGAGCUACACCAACAGAUAAAAUACUGGCAAAUACAGUUAGAUAGACAUCGGUUAAAAAUGUCAAAAGUUGCUGAUAGUCUACUAAGUUAUACGGAACAGUAUGUAGAGUAUGACCCGUUUCUUGUGCCACCUGACCCUUCCAACCCAUGGCUCUCAGAUGAUACUACUUUCUGGGAACUUGAAGCAAGCAAAGAACCAAGUCAACAAAGGGUAAAGCGAUGGGGUUUUGGCAUGGAUGAGGCACUGAAAGACCCUGUUGGGAGAGAGCAGUUCCUUAAGUUUCUAGAAUCAGAAUUCAGCUCCGAGAACUUAAGGUUUUGGCUGGCAGUGGAGGACCUAAAGAAAAGGCCUAUCCGAGAAGUGCCCUCUCGAGUGCAGGAAAUAUGGCAAGAAUUUCUAGCACCAGGGGCCCCCAGUGCCAUCAACUUGGAUUCUAAGAGUUAUGACAAGACCACACAAAAUGUGAAGGAACCAGGACGAUACACAUUCGAAGACGCCCAGGAGCACAUUUACAAGCUGAUGAAGAGCGACUCAUAUCCCCGUUUUAUAAGAUCUAGUGCCUACCAGGAACUUCUACAGGCAAAGAGAAAGGGGAAAUCUCUCACAUCCAAGAGGUUAACAAGCCUUGUUCAGUCUUACUAGAAGGACCAUUUUUGUGACAUGAAAGCUGAAUGGAGCCAUCGCCCAUACCUUGUAGCCCAUUGCUAUUACCUGGAGCUGAGGAUGUUAGACCAAGAUGCUGCAUGAAUGAAGGAUCUGAAUUGUUCUUCUCUGUGUGCACAUAAAGGCAUCACCAUCUCCAAGGGACUCUUUGCCAUCUCAUUGCCUCUAUAUUCACCUGUCAUCUGCUUCCCUUUCUCCUCUUAAGCUGGAUCUGUGUCUUUUUCUUUUUUAACUAGUUCAAGUGAAGUAAAACUUUAUUUUUUUCCCUUCCUCUCUUUUUCUAGAAGCUUCUGCUAGAUAUACAGUUCACUGAAAAUUCAGUCAGUCACAAACUGGAAGAAUUGUAAAAGAAAAACGUAUAUAUCAACAAGUAUACACAUGGCUUCACAUUUAUUAACUAAUAAAUUAGCACAGAAGGUGUCAUUGCACCAGAGUAGCGACACUCUGAAACAAACGCCCAUUUCUGUCUGUUCUCUGGACAUUGUCUGUUCAUGUUUCUUGCGUUUAUUUUUAUACCAUAUUUAAAUGAGAAAACACCUUUUACUCCAAAUGUAUCAAAGUUGACCUCUGUAAAUUUGUGUAUGUUUAUAUUGUUGUUUUAUCUUUCAUUAAAAGAUGCAGAAUCUC